GUUUGCACCUUGCACACGACGUACGACGUGCUGUUUGCGCCCUCUGUUGGCCGCCAGAAGUCAGUCCAUGAUCUUUCACCCCUGGUUCAGAGUCGUCUGUCGCUGUGUCACGAUUGUGAGUGUGCAAAUAUCACGUUUUACAACAAAACUAUUGUUUGUAGGUGGAAAGGUUUGAAACUGUUGUUCAUCCGGUCUAGUUAUACAUUACAUCAUCCAUGGAGUCAACUCUUCAACUAGUUUGUGGCGCAAAGAAACUCGAUCGGGACCGAGGAAUAGCCGAGCUCCAGCGCCUUGUAAACGAUGCUGAUCCCCCGGGGCUGGAGCGUCUAGAGACGGCGCUUACAAGCCUUCUGCGCAGUCAGAAUUCACAGACGUCGUGGGAGAAACGACAGGGUGUUCUGCUCGGCUCCAAGCAGGUAGUGGCUCACGAAUGGAGCAGCGAAACAUUCUGCACACAGCUUCGUUUGUAUGCCAUCCAUUCCCUGAACGAUGAGGAGGCCAGGGUUCGACUUGCAGCCGGUGAGGUUUUGGGUGCUCUGUGCAAGCGAUGUGGUCCAGAGGUAUACCAGUCAGUCUAUGAGCUGAUCCAUGAUGGAGUCAAGAAUAACUUAGAGCGUAUUCCCAUGUCAGAUCGAAGUCAGGGAGAAAGAGAGAGUGCCACCACACUCAUGGAAAAACUCGCAGUUCAGCAUGAACGGGGAGGGGGAGUGACAGCAGAACAGAUAUUUCAUGAUACUGCAGGCUGGAAAAAUCUUGAGACGUGGAUGAAGUGCUUAGAGGCAGUCAUCAACGGAUGUGGUCCUCGGUUCCUUCCUUACAUUACACAGGAUCUCCUGGAUCUUAUCUUCCAGACUCUCAACCACACCAACCGCUUUGUCAGGGAGACUGGUUACUAUGUGACGUCAUCCCUGGUUAGCUGCUCCAGUUCAAGAGAUGAGAGUGAUGUGAUGGAGGUAUGCUGUGAGCUGACGGGUGACAAUCCGGUCUUACAGUACGGAGAGCAACUUUCUGAACACCUGGCUGACGGUUUAGCAGACAAUUGGAGUCAGGUAAGGAUGGCAGGUUCUGUAGCGACAAGGAAUUUUCUGGUCAGCCUGCCUAAUGAUGAGACUAGAGAGAGAUUCUACCCACUCCUUCUACCCAGGCUUUGUCUUAACAGGUACUAUGUUGCAGAAGGCGUCAGAACUUAUUCACAGAGUACCUGGCAGCAAGUGGUUGGAGCUAACGGUAAACAUUUGGUGGAGGCAAACAUCCAGAGCGUAGUUGAUUACUACAUAUCACAGAGUGAUGCUGAUAACCACGCAGUCAGGGAAGCAGCGUGUGCCUGCAUUGCUGAGUUAGGAUCCAAGAUCAAUCAAGACAUUGUUCGUCCUUAUGUAUCGAGUCUUCUUGAAGGCUUGCUAGACUGUUUUAAAGAUGAUAGUUGGCCAGUACGGGAUGCUGCUUGCAUUGCUUGUGGUAAAUUUGUCAACUGUUUCCCCGUGGAAUCAAGACCAAGUAUGGAGGUGCUGUACCCGCUGUUCUUUGCAAACUUAGCUGAUAACAUUCCAUCUGUAAGACAAGGAGCAGCUGUAGCUCUCGGUAAUGUAGCCAAGGCCUAUGGUGAAGAUGCGAGCACUCUGCUCCUGGGUAGAAUCAAAGAUGGCAUUGCCGGUCUCAAGAACCAGACGGCCACAGCAGAAAAGUACAGUGACCUUGAGAAGGGACCUGCGACCUUCGGUGUGGCCAAGAGGCUACGAGACAACGAUGUUGAGCUGCACUCUGAUAAUCAGAUGUAUUCUUGCGGAUCCUUGGCUCCUAAAAUGGGGCGUGGUUCAAAGAGAGAAGGAGGGUGCAUGGAUCAUAAAUUCCGCAGGCCCACAGAGCCGUGGGAGAUUUGUGAUGGAUGUAUACUGUUGUUAUCGGAACUGUCUUCAGAAUCAGCUCUAUCUGCAGCUAUUGGUACCAUCUUACCUUCAGUAGCAGAGACUACUAGAAACCAGAGCUAUACACAACACAUUCAACUCUUGGAGACUAUUUGUAAACAGCUGCCAGCCAUUGCCAAGAACAUUGGAAAGAGGUAUUUCAAACCCUGCUUGGAGGCAUUUCUGGAUCCCAUAUUCUAUGCUCUGUCAUGCGAUAAUGCUUUGACUAGCAGUGCUGCAAGCCUUUGCCUUAUAGGGAUCGGCAAGUACCUUGGACCGAACAUCUUAAAAGGCCGGGUAGAACAACAUAAUCCAAAUUAUCUCAAUCAGCUCCAUGCGAAUCAUUGUGCUGCACCACUUUGAAGGGGAAGAAAGAGGCGGAUCUUCAGCUGAGGAAUAUCAAUAUUCACCACUCCCUGCACUGUCUACUUUGAACAGCUUAUCUCCUAGUUUCAAUAAAAGUCACCUUAAAUUUAUUCUUAACUGUAUUUUCGUCUUUUUGAAGAAACCACAGAUCUUGAAUGCUUGCAGAAAGCAUCAACAAAAAAUCAUUUUCCCUAAUAUUGUCAAAAGACCUUGUGGGAUACCAAAAGCCUUAAGGAUAACAACUAGAGUAACUGCAUGUAAAGUGUAUUUACAGCAGAUUGUGAUACUCUUUCUCAGAUCAUCCAGACCUUUACAGGCGGCACUUCAUGUGUUUUGCCAGCAAGGGUAUUUAUUACAUCGUUUAACACAACGUGACUACACACCAAUGCAUAAUGUUUGCUCCUCUUUUUGCUAUAAAUGGAUAUGUAUUUGUUUGUACUUGUAUAUGCCUCUGAAGGAGGUCCGGUUUGGUUCAAAAGCUUAGGCCAUUUACCCUGAUUAUGUUCCAUCAGAUGAUAAGAUGUGUGUCUUAAGUAAAUUAUUGUUGAUAUGAAAGUCAGAUUUGAGAGGUUAAAUUUAUGCAAACUUAAGACUUGAUUUAACAUUGGGAUUACAAUA